AUAACGCAAUACUUAGUAGCAGCUAGGCGCUAACCAGAUAUUCUGAUGAAUAGCCUUCUUUGUUAUGAUCGAUCCCUGUGACAAAGGUCAAUCGAAACUACAACAGAAGAACAGCAAAGAAACCCCUUCCACAAGUUCCAAAAAAUUGACAUUUGAGAGACCUGAAAAAAGCUCAAAAAGUUCAAAGAAACGUCAAUUAAAAAGUUCAGAUAAAAAACCCACUGGUUCCGACUCUGACGAAGAACUAAAUAAAGCAUAUGAUCAGUGUGUAAAAGAAGACAGUUUACUACCAAUUUUAAAGCAGGAGCUACGACUUAAGAUACAAACUCGACGAUUAAGUGAAGGUCAAGGAGAGUUAUUACCAGAAAGAGCUGAACCUAAGGUUUAUGAGCUCACUGAAGAAGAAAGGGAGAAAUAUCAGCGAAGACUAUUACAAAACAGAGAUUCAUUACGUCGAUCACGACAGAAAGAAAUAAGGCAUGAGGAGAUGUUAAAACAGACUUUUGAUACGGAGAGCUCGAAAGAAGAAAAUUUGAAAAGACAAAAGUUGCAACUUUUAACAGAAAAAGAAGAUUUGAUGAGAAGACUAAAAGAAUCGGGAAUGGAUAUCAAUGAAAAUACCUCUUCCUUUAUUUGCAAAGGAUGCAAACAGUCGAUAAAAUAUCCUCCAUGAUAUCACGAGUCAAUGUCAGAGUUAUAUUGUUAUAAGCAUUUACAGCUUUGAAUGACACUAUUUCAUGUGUUGUAUGAAGCUUUUUCUCUUUGUUUUGUGCACUGUUCGUUAAAUUACAAAUUCCAUUAAGAAUCCUAAAGUUAUCAGAUAUGCAUAUGGGCGGAGACUUAAAGUACUACCUCAGGAAUAGAUAACCUUAGCUGUAUUUUGCAAAACUUUAAGGAAUUUUUGGUCCUCGAUGCUCUUCAAAUUCGUACUUUAUUUGGCCUUUUAAACAUAUUUUGAUUCGAGCAUCACUGAUGAGUUUUUUGUAGACGAAACUCGCAUCUGGCGUAUAUAUAGAAUUUUUAUCCUGGUAUCUAUGAUGAGUUUUUUUAGCAUGAUAUUUUGUUAAAUAUUUGAUACGCUUAUUUUUUAGGGGAUCUCAAAUUAUAGUUGUUAGGUUGAGUUCGAAUGUUUUAAAAAAUCUAAAGAGUCUGAACAUUUAUCUCAAGAAAGUUUCACGGUUUUUAUUGCUAGCAUUAAUUUGUUACUCCUGAAUUUUACCGUUCCAUUGAAUUUCAGAUUUUCUAGAUUCGUUAACAUUAACGAUGUAUUUUUCUCAGAUAUGUUUAAUAUCAUAACGUUGUUAAUUGAAACACGUUUAUCUAAACAUCCGUGUCAUGAUCAAGUUAUGGUUUACAGCCGAUAUAAGACCAAACAACUACUUAAAUUUUUGAACAGGAAACUUGGAAAAAUAAAAUGCAAUAGGUACACCAAACAGGUAUGGAACAACGUGAAAAAUAAUCAAUUAGGUCGCCAUAUUCAAGAUGGCAUUAAGAGAGUACUAGGCAUACCACAUACACUUGAUUAUGUAUUAUUAUUAGCAUUAAUCUAGUUAAUAUCACAAAACACAACGAAGAUAUGUAAAAUGAUAUGUUUUCCAACUUUAUUAAAAAGAAAAGCAAGUCAUCAUAAUGACCCUGAAUUCAAAACGUAGCGUUAGAAAUGUCAAAAUUACACAAUUUUUGGAUAGUUACGUUUUCACUGAGGUAUACAGAGCAAAAACAUAUAUAUGAAACAUAUCUUUUUAAAAAGAAACGCGCCUACAAAAUUAGUAUUGAUAAUACCAGUGGACAUAAUUAAUGUUUCCAAAAAGUUACAGUUUUUUCAAUAUACAUUAUUGAUUUGAAUUCAAUGAUAAAAUAUAAAUGAAACAUUCAUUUUUGGAUUCGAACACAACCAACAUACUACUAUUGGUAACA